CCGGUCCAAUUGAUUUCAAACCCUAUUCCCUAUUCCAACGGCACCUCUCGUAACGCAAUGGGAAUGGGUGGGACACCGAAAAGGAAGAAGACUACAGCGGCCGAUCUGCCAGAAGAGCUGAUCCGCCGGGAAAUACUCACACGACUCCCGGUCAGAUCUCUGGUACGUUUCAAAUCUGUAUCCAAAUCAUGGCUAUCUCUUUUCUCCGAACCCCGAUUUAUAAACCAACACUUGACUCACAGCACCACUCAAAAUCAUAAUGACUGUCUCGUUGCUACAAGGAACACCAAAGUCGUUAUUCUUUCCCGCUACGAAGAAAUAGUUGCACUGGAUUCUGCGCAUAUUCUUGAUGUGGUUGGUUCUGUUCGUGGCCUUGUUUGUCUUACUGGUCGCAAUAUGUUAUCGUUAUGGAACCCUGCAACACAUCAAUCCAAGGAAACUUUCGCAGAGGCUCGCUUUGCUGAUCGAGCCUAUGACAUAGGAUUCGGUUUUGAUCCUGUGAGUGAUAAUUACAAGCUUGUCAUUUUGUCAGAGGAUCUAAGGUUUGCUAUGGUUUACCACUCUAAUUCUGAUAAUUGGAUUGAAAUAUCUGCUCCUGAUAAUGUGUUUGAUAAUAUUAGAGGAGCCUACUCAACGAGUUCCGUGACUAUUGUAAAGGAUUGUCCUUACUGGGCAUUUUGUAGAUACACGAAAGAUAGGCAUAUGAUGGCGACUGCUGUGAAGUUUGAUGCUGGACGUAACGAGUUCAAGUUGUUGCCUGAAUUUGUUUGUGAACAUAGAGUACGUGGUUCUAAAUUUGUGGAUAUGAAUGAUUGUCUUACUUCGGUAGUGUAUGUGUAUGACAACGAUCCUUUUUCUAAGCGUAUGCUCAGUCUAUUUUCUUUGGACGGGGACGAGGGAUGUUGUGUUUGGAGUAAGAUGUACACUAUUGGACCAUUUAAUGGUUGGUUUGUGGUGGUACAGGGGUUUUCUGGUGGUGAGAUUGUGUUUGAUGAUCGUGGUAAGUUUUGCUGUUAUGAUCGCAAAACGGAUAAGAUUAAUUAUAUGCUCCUUAAUACAUCUUCUGCAACUACAAGUGAUUGGAGAAUAAGCUGCUUCAGAUAUACUCCUAGUUUGGCUUUCAUACAGGGAAUGAAGUCGGUUUUUUAUUCAACAACCCGAACUCGACGUGCAAGUGUUCAGUAUUCCAGAGUUCCUCAGGGAUUAUACAAUGGACUUAAAUAUUAAUCAUUUGCUUUUAUAACCUCUGUAAGUGUUUAAUCAAUGUUUAGCUAAACUUUAAACAAUUUAGAGCAUGUCACCACAACUGCUUUGUUACAAAGCCUUUGUACUUGUGGUUUGCAAUCCUCUUUUCUAUUUCCAUACUCUGCUUUGUUUGUUCUGAUACUUGAUAUUUUGCUACUUUUGUUCAAAUAUAUUAUCACUUUAUCCUCAA